CGCCACGAAUUCCGCAAUCCGCCGUCUCUCACAUCGCGUUGCCCUCGCGGUUUUUUGCCUCUUGUGGCUGCUCGUGGCCGGUGAGUUUGCUGAGUGUCGGCUGAUCUUAUGAAAAUCACUUGGUGAUCUCUCGAAAUGGCGCAGAACAAGUUCAGCGAGAUGGCCUCGCGCUUCGGCAAGGGCACGAACGGCGUGCCGAUGGGCUUGAAGGUCCUCGCCGCCGCGGGCGUCGCGGCCUACAGCGUCUCCAAGUCCAUGUACACAGUGGAAGCUGGUCACAGAGCAAUCAUAUUCUCCCGACUGGGAGGCAUUCAGAAGGACAUCAUGACCGAGGGUCUGCACUUCCGCAUUCCGUGGUUUCAGUAUCCGAUAAUUUACGAUAUAAGAAGCAGACCCAGGAAGCUGUCUUCGCCCACGGGAUCCAAAGACCUGCAAAUGGUCAAUAUCUCGCUGCGUGUUCUCUCGCGCCCUGAUGCCGCCACACUGCCCUUCAUGUACCGGCAAUUGGGUCUCGAUUAUGAUGAAAAGGUACUGCCGAGCAUUUGCAACGAGGUGCUGAAGUCGGUUGUCGCCAAAUUUAACGCCUCACAGUUGAUCACGCAAAGGCAGCAGGUGUCCAACAUGGUGCGCAAGGAAUUAACAGAUCGCGCCCGAGACUUCAAUAUCGUUCUGGACGACGUCUCGAUAACUGAACUUAGCUUCGGCAAGGAAUACACUGCCGCCGUCGAGGCUAAACAGGUGGCUCAGCAGGAGGCUCAACGAGCCGCAUUUGUCGUGGAAAGAGCCAAGCAGGAGCGACAACAAAAAAUUGUGCAAGCUGAAGGAGAAGCGGAAGCGGCUAAAAUGCUUGGUUUAGCAGUUGGGCGGAAUCCUGGAUAUCUAAAGCUGCGUAAGAUACGAGCCGCACAAAACAUUUCGCGUACGAUUGCUAAUUCCCAGAACAGAGUAUACCUCAGUGGCAAUAAUCUGAUGCUAAAUAUUCAAGAUUCCAACUUCGAUGAGGGUUCAGAGAAGCUGAAAAGUGACAUGAAUUGGAAGAGUUGGGACGAGGCGGCCAACCGCGCCGUCCGGAGCUUGAAUACCAGUUCCCAUCGCUGGGCACUGCCAAGUGUCGAAAGAUCCGACAUCAAGACAUCAGUACCCUUCGAUGUCUCAUUGCUCCUGGAAUCGGCUGACGAUAGCGCUAAAUUGAUAGUACGAUAGUACGAUAAAAGAAAUCUUGCGGCACUUGCUUUUAUCAAACACAAAUCCUCUUUGUCCGCUGUCCCGUCGAACAAUAUUGUCCUUUUCGAGUGUCCGUUUUUCAUGACUGCUGAUAAUAAGAUAAAUGAUAUAAUUAUAAGAUGUAAGAAUUGUUUGACUAUAUUUUUUGCAUUUUCUAUGCCUUGAAGAUAAUAUAUUUAAGAAACAAAUGGCAGAAGCUAAGAUGUAAAUACCACACAAAAUACAAAAAUAUAUUGAGAUAGGUGUGUUAGAAGGA